AUGGGCCCCUGUACCGCCUCCUCUUGCUGCUGCCAGGCCCGUAAUCUGCCAUGGGCCCCCGUACCGCCUCCUCAUGCUGCUGCCAGGCCCGUAAUCUGCCAUGGGCCCCUGUACCGCGCUCCUCAUGCUGCUGCCAGGCCCGUAAUCUGUCAUGGGUCCCUGUACGGCCUCCCAUUGCUGCUGUCUCCAUCGCCACACUCUGCCAUGUGCCACUUUCAGGUCUCCUCACACUGCUGGUGGGUUUCCAUUUUGUCAUAGGGUGCUGUAUGGCCUCCCAUUGCUGCUGCCUCCACCGCCACACUGUGGCUCCACACUCUGGUUUUGGCCCCGUGACUGCCCAAAUGAGUGAAGUGUGCGGUGAUUCUAAGAUCGACGGCACUCAUCUGCAUGUCAUACUGACUGACAGUAUUAUUUCUCUUCCCCAGCAGACUCCAAGGGCAUUUAAAUUAAAGGUACAGUGUUCUGCACUAAUAUAA